CGUUGCCCGCUUUCACUGAUAUUAUUGAUCUCAUCGAGUUUGAAGAAUCAUGGCCGAGAUAGUUACGUAGUACAACGAGCAAUUAGAAGUAGAAGUUUUGCUUUCAGCCUCCGCGCGGGCUAAACCGGUUUCAGGAUAGUGGGAGGGGAGGCGGCCCGAUGACGUCGUUGCUGGGCGGGGACUUGUCAGGUACCCCUCUCGCCAUACCACAGUGGGCCGGUUUCGGUGUAUCUCCCGUGUAACUACUACUUAAUUUUGGCGGGCUCGAGGGAGGGUUUCGAGAGGGAGGGUUUCGAGGGCGGGGUCAAUUGGUUUGCUGUGAAUCGCCUGGGUUUCAUUCAUUCAUUGGAUUGCAAAUUAAAAAUAUUAUUUGGAUGCGCCCCAAAUGAUGAUUGGGUUCAAGGGGGCCUAGGUAAAAUCUAGCCGACGACUUGCAUGCGUUCUGCGCGACGGGUAGAUUCCCUGUGACGAUUGUUGCUCCAGUUCUCUAGCUAGUUCCCUCUCGCAAAUGUAGUUCAGAACAAGGUAACUAACUAACUAACGAUGCGCGCUCAUUUUGUUGUGGCCAUAUUUCAAUAAUAAUAAUAAUCAUAAUCAUAAUCAUAGAUUUGCUCAGUCCCGGACCCCCGCCAAAACGGUGAGUAGAACCAAUCCGUAGAAUCAUAAAUAGAGCACAGCAUCCGCCCAAUCUCAGCUGCCAUUUCUCUCCCCUUUUUCCUCCCUUUUUCCUCCCUUUUUCCUCCCUUUUUCCUCCCUUUCCACACAACCUUCAAUCUCUUCCCUCCUCCUGUUCAACCAACUCACCCUCAGCUCUUCUUGAUAUCUUCUCUCCCUAGAUUCUCUUAGAUCUCCUCUUCUUGUCCACUCUAGCUACUCACCCACACUGUUGUAACCUCUCUCCUGAUAUCUAGAUACAAGGGAACCAACCCCUUUAUACUCUACCCCGCCAACCCUACAAACUACAACACAAUUAAUAAAGCACAUUUCCACUGACCCCCCUCUCCUCCCUCAACCAUGGGAAAGAAGGCUGUUCAUUUUGGUGGCGGCAAUAUUGGUCGUGGCUUCGUGGCUGAGUUUCUCUACGAGUCUGGCUAUGAAGUCGUCUUCGUCGACGUGAUGGAUAGUAUCAUCGAUUCCCUCCAAAAGACGUCAUCCUAUAUCGUCACAGAGAUCAGCGAACAAGGAGAACAGAAAAAAGUCAUCACCAACUACCGCGCCAUAAACUCUAAACACAACCUGGACGACGUCAUUAAGGAGAUAUCCACCGCUGAUGUCGUCACCUGCGCCGUUGGUCCUAACAUCCUGAAGUUCAUCGCCCCACCGAUCGCCAAGGGAAUCGAUGCUCGAACAGGGUCUAAACCAUUAGCUGUCAUUGCCUGUGAAAACGCAAUUGGAGCCACAGACACCCUGCACGGCUUCGUCAAGGAGAACACUGAAGAAUCCCGUCGUGCGUCGCUGUACAGUCGUGCCCAGUUCGCCAACUCCGCCAUCGACCGCAUCGUGCCCACCCAGGAUGCUGAUGCCGGCCUCGACGUCAAAAUCGAGAAGUUCUACGAGUGGGUCGUGGAGAAGACCCCCUUCGGUGACGUCGGACACCCAGAUAUCAAGGCUAUCCACUGGGUGGAUGAUUUAGAACCAUACAUCGAACGCAAGCUGUUCACCGUCAACACUGGCCACGCUACCGCCGCCUACUACGGCUACUCCACCGGCAAGAAGACGAUCAACGAUGCCCUAAAUGACCCCAAGAUCCGCAGCGAAGUCAACGCCGCCCUCGCAGAGACCUCAAAACUCAUCAUCGAGAAACACGGCAUCCCCGCCCAGGAACAGGCAGAGUACGUCAAGACGAUCAUCGCCCGCAUCUCCAACCCUUACCUCGAGGACAUCGUGCAGCGCGUCGGCCGCGCGCCCCUCCGCAAACUAUCGCGCAAGGAACGCUUCAUCGGACCCGCUGCACAGCUCGCUGAGCGCGGCCAGAGCGUCACGGCGCUGAUGAACGCGGUCGAGCAGGCGCUGAAGUUCCAGAAUGUGCCGGACGACGAGGAGAGCUUUGAGCUCUUCAGGAUCCUGAAGGAGAUGUCUGCCGCGGAUGCGACGACGAAGCUCACGGGCCUGGAGAAGGAUCAUCCGCUGUACCCCCACGUACUGGAGAAGGUUGACAGGGUUCAGAAGGAGACGAAAUAAUAGUCCUAGACUGACUGACCUCUUCUCCGUCUAGAAGGCCUCUCUUCUUCUUUCUUUCCAUUUCUUCUCUUUUUUUUUUUUUUUUUUUUUUUUUUUCAUUUAUUCUUAUACCGGGUUUUCAUUCUACAAUCGAUUUCCCCCCCCCCCCGCCUCCGUAAAACAAAAAGGCAAAAAAAAAAGGCACGCUGGUAAUGUGCUAUCUAUUGGGGAAUGGUGUUCUUUUUUCGGCAAAACAAUGACAUACAUGACAUGACAUGACAUUGACAUGACAAGGGAAGGGCUAGGGAUAACUAGGGCCAGGGAUAGGGAUAGGGAUAGGGAUAGGGAUAGGGAUAGGGAGCAGGAGCAGGAGCACUGGGAAGCGAAAUGGGUUUCUUAUUUCUUAUUUUUUUUUUUUUUUUUUUUUUUUUUUUUUUUUAAAGCAAGCUUUUAUGUUACCCAAGUUAGAAAUUCGAAAUUUCUAGUGUUUUAAUGAUUUGUAUUAACUAUUAAACAUUAAGAUAGCCCUUAGAAGGUAAUAAACUUGACUUGAUGAAUCUUUCAUUACUUUUUUCUUUUUUUCUUUUUUUUCU